UACAAACUAGUCCAAUGAGCCAUUCGAGACCCGUUAUGAAUAAGAACUUUAAACUAGUGUUCUCUAAAUGUGUUCGGUUGUAUCGCCGGCUUAGCGGUUUUUUUAUCUUUAAUGAAAACGUGCAUUUUUCUUUAUAUAUGGGUCUUGUAUCCAUUUUUUAACCAUUGAAUUUUACGACAACACUUGCACUAAAUUCGUGGAAAGAAGACCCCGAAACCACAUAAUAAUUUAAAAAUUGUGUAAAUGAUUAGGCGUUUAGAUGAAUUGCAGCAUGUUGCUAUAUUUUUGUAUUUAUUGCCACCUGGUAAAUUCAACAUUUAUAAGAUGACACACUUUGUUGCUCAUUUUUUUUGCAAAACAAAAAUCAUUACACUAAGGUAAAUACAAAUUUUAAACUCUUGUUAUACGUUUUGGGUCUUUUUAAUACAAUCCAUCUGAAAUCAUAAUUGUAUUCACAAAAUCAGAGUUUUGGACUUCGCGAUUCUUGAACUGUUUUGCCUAAAACCAAACUAUAUCACAUCACGUACUUUUAAAAACAGUAAAAUAAAAGCGGAGGACCAAUGUUGGAAAAAAACAAAUUUGUAAAAUUGCAACGUUGUUCAUUUAAAUUAAUACAAAAUAGUUAAAAGCCGAUACAUGUAUUGGUUUGUUUGUUUUUUUUAAUCAUUUUUCAAAAAUAUAUACUUUAUUUAUCCAUCGAAUAAUUUAUUGGUAUGUCAGGGACUUUAAGUACAUUUACAUUGUUGUUGUCCCAUUUAAUAGAUUCCUUUAAAACUGUAUUGAUGAGAACUUCAUAGAUUUUUUAUAAAUAUCAAACUUAUCUCAAGUCCGUUUAUGAUUAAAUGUUUAUUAAAAAAAAAUGCAUAUGUCAACUGGAAAGUUUUAACCGCUGUGCAGUGAAUGCUAGAGAAGAAAACUAUUUACAGUGAUACCCAAUUGGCUAUGUUACUAGAUGUUUUACCUUUCGGCGCGGCUUUGGAUAAUAUAUUACUUAAAAAUAACUUACUAAUAGGAUUUUUUCACUCCCUAGUAAAAUUUGCAUAAUAAUAUUGAAAUAAAAAUGUAACUUGAAAUUUAUUAGAUAUCCAUCUUGUCAGGUUUCGACUGUUUUAAAAAUAUCCACAUGUGGUUUGAGACAUUGUUGUCUACUUAAUUUUUGUUUUAAAUUUCACUUACUUAUGUCAAAGUCGAAUAAGACGUUAUCUAAUACAUUAAAGAGGCAAAGCGCGCAACAUUACGUUUUUAGCAUUCUGAUUUUUUUAUCUGGUUGCUUAUUACUAUUGUUAUUGCAUUUUUUAGAGAAUUCUCAAGCAGCCUGAGACUGAAUAGUUUAUAGACGAGGAAAUGUAUCUCUAUUCUCUUAUCUCGGCUCAGAUGUUAGCUUGCCUUAAUUGAUAUUUGACAGGAAGCUGUUGUAAAAAUCUUUGGUUAAUAUCAUGAUAUUAAUCCCAGAUAUAAAUAUAAAUCAAUUUUAUAUUAACCUUGGAAUUUAUUUGAAGCGCAAAACGAUCUUGGGGAAACACUUUUUUGUUGCAAAUGUUACAAAGAGGAAAUUGGUGGCAAAAACAAUUUAAUUACUUUAUGAUUCAAAAUAACUUAAAAAAUUUCCUUUUGAUUACGAUCACGAAAAUAUUAAUCAAGGACAAUAAAAAUGAGAGGGAAAUGGCGUGUAAUGCAUGGAAUGUUUUGGCUUAGUACUGUUUCCUAAAACGUAUUGUAAUUGCAUUCUUUGCAUUACAAAUAUAAUGUGCGUUUGAUACAAAAGGCUUUUAUUUUUUGUAUCAUAUUAAAAAAAACAACAACAAAAAACAAAAUGUAGGUUUUGUUAUUCGUUUCUAUAACAAAGAUGGAUUCUCGUUAUAAUGCACAGGAUGUUCACCGAUGUGACCUUUGUGAGACCGCCGUAGUAGACAGCUACUGUGACAUUUGCGAUGUCAACCUCUGUUCGUCAUGUAUAGGAAAACACAUCUUAGAUGGAUAUGACAAACAUACAAUUGUUCCUUUCCGUGAAAGAAGAUCCACCUUGAUUUAUCCGAAAUGUAAAGAACAUUCACAAAGAAAAUGCGAAUUGCAGUGCAAGGAUUGUGGCGACAGUUUUGUUUGUCUAUCUUGUACUGCAUCAGAACUACACAUUGGACAUAGGUUUGUAGAUGUUAAAAAGGCUUACAAGAUGAUGAAAGACGCCAUUAAAAAGGAUGCAGAAGAAUUAGAAAUCCACAUUUCUCCUGUAUAUGACGAAUAUGCACUUGAUUUGAUGAAUCAACUCACAAACCUGGAUGGAGAAUAUGAGAAAGUUACAACGGCAAUAUCUAAAAAAGGAGAGGAAUGGCACAAAGAAAUAGAUUAUGUUGUCGAAAGAAUGGAAAAUGAAAUCAGCAAUAUAAAGGUAAAACACCGAGAAGAUUUACAGAAACAGUUGGAUGAAAUCAAACAGUUACAGUCUUUGAUGAAACAAACAUUACUGACCUUAAGAGAAAUUCAGGAAUCCACAGACGUUUCUUUUACCAUCGAGUAUAACUCUAAAAUCACAGAGUUUAGCAAGUCUCCAACAAGGUUUCUGUAUUCAAUGCCAACAUUCAUUCCGAAACUUAUAAGUCACGUAAAAAUCUAUAGUUAUUUUGGUGAAAUUACACCACUACGGACAACUAGAGAGGAACCUGUUGUGUCAGCAAAACCAGAAAAUACUUUAGGUGGAGAAUUACUGGGUAAACCAGAACUGAAGAAAAUAAUCCAGACUGGGUAUGAAGAACUGCGCAGUGUUGCAUGUCACAAUGAAGACCGAAUCUGGACGACGUGUGGAAAGACAAAUGAUAUCAAAUGCUUUAAUAUUAAGAGUUUUCUUCUUCACACAAUCAAAUCAAAAUCUGGAAAAUGGCCAAAUGAUUUGGCUUUAGACAAAGAAGGGAAUCUACUGUUUUCUGAAGGGACAAGACGAACAGUGAAUAUAAUUAAAAACGGAGAGUCAGAGGAGUUGAUUAGAGUACAGGGGUGGAUGCCUAAUACCUUGUGUGUCACCUCUUCGAGUGACCUCCUAGUUUCCAUGUACAAUAAUGAAAAAGAUCAAUCCAAGGUUGUUCGUUACACGGGAUCUACAGAGAAACAAACCAUUCAAUUUGAUGACGAAGGUAAACCUCUGUACUCGGGAAAUAAUGGAAUCAAAUACAUUACCGUAAACAAAAACGGUGACAUCUGUGUCUCUGACUGUAAGGCCGGUGCGGUUGUGAUUGUUGAUAAGGCCGGGAAUUUUAGGUGUAAAUAUGCUGGUUAUCCAUCACGUACCAAGAAAUCUCCAUUUAAACCCUUUGGUAUCACGGCAGACAGUCAAAAUCGUGUCUUAAUUGUAGAUAGAAGCAACCAUUGCAUCCAUAUUCUAGACGGAAAUGGUGACUUUCUUCGUUUUAUCGAUAAUUGUAAUCUAAUGGAUCCUUGGGGUUUAUGUGUGGACGAUUACGACAAUCUGUUUGUGUGUGAGUUUUACAAAGGCUAUAUAAAGAAAAUCAAAUAUUGUUAAACAUGCACACAAAAAAUAGUUGCAUCGAUGUACAAGUACAGAAAUACUUUGCUGUGCAUAUACUAGUAUUGUUGCGCGAAUCGUAACUGUAUAUAUUUAUGAAAAAUUCAUUAAUUUUAUGUAAUACAUUGAUUUAACUAACAAUGAUUCCAAUGCAAUAUACAAAAACAAAAUUAUUUCCUCUUCCGCGCAUCUUUCUCAAUUGAAUUCAUUUGUUCCUUAUUUACAUGUGUUUUAUUAAUUGUUUCACUUCCGUCUUAUGUAAUUCAGUUUUAAUGCACUUUUAUAUAAUUUUCCGUUUCAUGACUUUAAAUCUUGUUUCCGUUUCAUUAUCUAAUGAUCAUACUCCAUAAUCACAAUUGUUUACGUCCUUUUGAGAGAAAAUUGAGAAUGUUAUGAUUAUUAUCAAAAUUGAUAGCAAUUUGUAUUCUCAGUAGCUCGCUAAUACUCUAUCUAAAAAAUAUUCAAAAUAUAGAAAAUGGUUUUUUUUAUACAGAAAAUGUGAUUUUUUAUCUUUGUUUACACAUAUUACUUAAAUGCUUCUUUAUCAAAAGUAAAUUUUAUAGAUAGAAAUGUCAAAUCCAUAAUUUUAUAAUGUUUCAUUAUGGAUUCUGGUUUCAACAUUUUCUGCAUAAAAAACCUUAUUGAUGAAACUCCAAUGGAUACCAGGUAUCUAAGAACAUUGUAUUCUCAACAAUAAUUCUCGAAUGUAAAGGAAAUCAAUGCUUAAAGAUUUUAGCAAGAGAACUGUGUUUUCUUUAGGACUUAAUAUUUAAGUGAUGUUGUAUUCAACAGUGUAGGCACAUACAUGUAUAUAUGUUAAUGGAGUUGAGAUAAACUAAUUUGGUAGGGAUAUCAGGAAAUUCAUCAAUUCAUUAUUAGGUAACGUACGUGUUGCCAUGACAAACCUUGAUUCCUGUUAGGAUUGACAGACACAAGUUGUCUGAAAUAAUGACAAUGGAUUGGUUUAUUUAAGGAAUGAAUUCAAUAUUUAUUUGUUUUAUACGAUAUAAAAUGG